UAUGGUUCUAAGCGGUGUGCUCGCUGCAAUACACCGAUAUCUGCGUCGGAGCUGGUGAUGCGUGCCCGAGACCUUGUGUUCCACGUGCACUGCUUCUCCUGCGCACUCUGCAGCACGCCCCUCACUAAAGGCGACACGUUCGGUAUUAGGGAGUCUGCAGUGUAUUGCAGGUUGCAUUACGAAACUAUGCCGGACUACGGGCCUCACAUGGCGGUCCCUGGUCCUCCUCAAAUGUGUCCAGGACCUUAUGCGGUGCCGCCUACUGGUUCACAUUACCCGCCUUAUCCAUCUCCUGAAUUCGCGCCGGUCGAACCUGAUGUUCCUAAAGGACCCUUCUUUAACGGGGCGGCAGCGCCUCCGCCUCGACAAAAAGGGCGUCCGAGAAAAAAGAAGCCGAAAGAUCAGGAAAUAAUGACAGCUAAUCUCGGUGUGGUUUCAGAACGCUCGAGCGAAAUGGCGGCGAAUGGUAACGAAGCAGGAAAACAAAAUGGCGGAGAAGUGCUCUCCGGACGCGACGCUGGAGAUGGACAUGUACCACGGACCCAUGUCGCUGCCUCCGCACAGUCCUCCGUACAGUGUCAUCGGGGGCCCGCCCAGCCCCAACUCUAUGGACUGCCCAUAGCCACAAUUUUGCGCUUUAUGAGCGCUAAGAGACUGGACGAUACAUUAAAAAGUGCAACCUUCAAAAGCGCCCUUAAUCGAUCGUGUAGAAUGAUAGUGGACUUCACAAGUGUCGGUCACUUGGUCAAAUAUAUUUAGUCGACUCUGUAUAAAAUUUAUGGUUGAGAGAAAGUGAAAUGAAUAUAAAAUGUAAAAAUAUGUAGGAUCUUUAGUAUAGUCUGUAACUGUAACUUGCUCUAUGACGUUUUAUUAUAAAACUGCACAAUCUAACUGAGCAAACUCAAUGGUUCAU